GGCUCUGUCGGAACAAAUCUAAAGCAGACUAAACGACUCUGACACAGCUCCUUCUCUGUCUGAAAGAGAGUUUCUUCUUUUGUUUUUGAUUCAAUUUCGAAAUUCAAAGUUCUGCAACUAACCCAGAAGCUGAAGCAUAGAUCUUUGUUUCCAGUGAAACAGAGUUCAAGGAUUGUAUUUGUGUGUGAUCAUGGUGGAGGAGAAAACUGGAAACGAAACUCUGGUUGAUCCAACAGUUGAAGAUUUGUUAUUACAGGCACAAGAGCUUGUACCGAUGGCUUUGUCCAAAGCAAGAACAGUGAAAGGUUUCUCAAGCAGAUGGAGAGUGAUUAUUUCAAGAUUAGAGAAAAUACCGACAUGUUUAUCGGAUUUGUCUAGCCAUCCUUGCUUCUCUAAACACACUCUAUGCAAAGAGCAACUUCAAGCGGUCUUAGAAACUUUAAAAGAAGCCAUCGAGCUCGCUAAUGUUUGCGUAAGUGAGAAGCAAGAGGGGAAGUUGAAGAUGCAGAGUGAUCUAGAUUCUCUAUCUGCGAAAAUUGAUCUUAGCUUGAAAGAUUGUGGAUUGCUUAUGAAAACAGGUGUUCUUGGAGAAGUUACAAAAACUUUAUCUUCUUCGACUGAAGACUUGGAAACGUUCAGCGUUAGAGAAUUGCUUGCUCGGGUUCAGAUAGGUCACUUGGAGUCUAAACGCAAAGCGCUUGAGCAACUUGUAGAGGUAAUGAAAGAAGACGAAAAAGCGGUUAUAACCGCUUUAGGUCGGACCAAUGUCGCUUCUUUGGUGCAGCUUUUGACUGCUACUUCGCCUAGCGUAAGGGAAAACGCGGUGACUGUGAUCUGCUCUCUAGCCGAAUCAGGCGGAUGCGAAAACUGGCUUAUAUCUGAGAACGCAUUGCCUCCAUUGAUACGGCUACUAGAAUCGGGAAGUCUUGUUGCUAAGGAGAAAGCGGUUAUUUCGUUGCAGAGAAUGUCGAUUUCAUCAGAGACAUCGCGUUCCAUUGUUGGUCACGGCGGGGUUAGUCCGUUGAUCGAGAUUUGCAAAACAGGGGACUCUGUUUCUCAAUCAGCUUCUGCUUGUACUUUGAAGAACAUUUCCGCUGUGCCUGAAGUAAGACAGAAUCUAGCGGAAGAAGGAAUCGUCAAAGUGAUGAUUAACAUACUUAACUGCGGAAUCCUAUUGGGAUCUAAAGAAUACGCAGCGGAAUGUCUUCAGAAUCUCACUUCAAGCAACGAAACUCUUCGAAGAUCGGUUAUAUCAGAGAAUGGGAUUCAAACUCUGCUAGCUUACUUAGACGGUCCUCUUCCUCAAGAAUCAGGAGUUGCAGCAAUACGGAAUCUUGUUGGCUCUGUUUCUGUAGAGACUUACUUCAAUAUAAUCCCAAGUUUAGUCCAUGUUCUUAAAUCAGGAUCAAUCGGAGCUCAGCAAGCGGCUGCAUCAACUAUUUGCAGGAUAGCUACAUCAAAUGAGACGAAGAGAAUGAUCGGUGAAUCAGGUUGUAUCCCGUUGUUGAUAAGAAUGUUGGAGGCGAAAGCGAGUGGAGCUAGAGAGGUUGCUGCUCAAGCAAUAGCGAGUCUGGUUACGGUUCCAAGGAAUUGCAGAGAAGUAAAGAGAGAUGAGAAGAGUGUGACGAGUCUUGUGAUAUUGCUUGAGCCGAGUCCGAGUAAUUCAGCAAAGAAGUAUGCGGUUUCGGGUUUGGCGGCUUUGUGUUCAAGCAGGAAGUGUAAGAAGCUGAUGGUCUCACAUGGAGCUGUUGGUUAUUUGAAGAAGUUGUCGGAGUUGGAGGUUCCUGGGUCAAAAAAGCUUCUUGAAAGGAUUGAGAAAGGGAAACUAAGAAGUUUCUUUAGUAGGAAGUAGAAGAACAUGAAGCAACGUGGUAUAUAUAUAAUGUAUGUGAUAUGUUUCAUAAUCUGUAUGAAACUCGGCCAAUGAUAUCUUGUUUGGUCACCGUAUGUAUAAUGUAUUUUGUAAUGUUUUCAUAUGACCGGAUGCACAAAAUAUCCAAAAAUAGUUCAAGCAUAUCAGUCUUCAGUUGUGGACAUACAAAACAAAACCAUCAAGAAAUUUGAAGGUAAAUG